AUGGCAGAAACGUCACGGAUUUUAAACUGCAGCACUCACUACGAUGUGCUUAAGUUGAGUCCACCCGAUCAUAUUCCAAGAUUUAUUGAUACUCAGCAAGUACGCAAACACUAUAAGGAACUGGCAAUUCUCGUGCAUCCAGACAAGAAUCAUGCAAUAGAUGCAGAGGACGCGUUCAAGCGACUGAGCGAGGCCUAUGAGUGUCUAGCUAAUGAGUUAUCUCAACGUAAUUAUUUGCAACAGUUGCAAACGAUUCAAUUGAACAUUGGCACAAAGAACAUGAAACAAAAGUUCAAAUAUCGGCGGAAGAAACGACCGUCGGAAUCCAAAUGCAAGGAAAGUCGCGUGUUUUUAUCUCGGCGAAGAACACCUGAGGAGAUAUGGCAAGCGUUUCAACGUGAAGAGGAAGAACUAGCACGACAAGAGUUUCAGACGAAUGGGUUUGACAAGAUGUACUCUACGCCAAGUAUUGAGACGAAUAUCUCGUCGACGAUUCCGCUAGAAAUGCAACAGAAUAUCUUGGACUCUAAUCUGGAUUCGAAAGCGACGAAAUGGGCGACAUGGAGCAAGCCGUCUUCAAAACGGAUCCGGAUGACCCAGGAAUCAGAAUCAACACAUGAGACGAAUAUCGUUCCUACGACUACGAAUGCUCGUGACAUCUCGGCAACUUUAAUUUGUUGUACGCUAUGUCGACGAAAGUUUCGAACCAUUGACGCAUUAAAUCGACACAACACUUUAUCCAAGUUGCAUUUCGCAAACAUCCAAGCUCAAGAGCGUCAAAACUCAAAGGAUUUUGUAUAG